CUAAAUUCUGGGUCUGGCGUCCGGUGCACAGUCCAGUAUAGCCAGCCUCUUGGGAAAUGAAAGAAUCAUAUUCCGAUGAAGAUUCUCGAUUUCUUUAGUCAACGGUUUACCUGGACUGAAAGGAUCUCGAAUUUUCUCUACGUGUUACAUGGUUGGAUCAACUGACUCCCACCAUUGCCACCAAGUGUCUCUUCAUGCGGAGCACCGGUUGCUGUCGCUUGAUACCAUACGACCAACGACCAAUUCCAGCGUUUAAAUUGUGAAUUCCGACAGAGCUGAGCCUAGAGGCUCACACAGCUGAAAAUGGCUUCCAAAUUUCACGUUAUUAUUGUCGGUGCAGGAAUUGCCGGUCUGGGAGCGGCAAUCGCUUUGGCAGAUAAGGGGCACAAGGUCACGGUUCUCGAGCGCCAUGGGCAGCUCCAAACCUUAGGUAGUGUCAUAGGCAUCAUGCCUAGCGGCACGCGUGUUCUCGAGCAAUAUGGCGUCUUAGACAAAGUGUUCAAAAUAUGCGGAGAUCGUUCAAUGAUGAUGAUAUAUCGAAGAUGGCAAGACGGAAGCGUAUUGUUAUCACAGAUUCCCUCUACGAGAGAGAAUCUAUGGGGAAUUCGUGGAGCAAGCGGAAAACGAGGCGAUUUCCAACAUAUUCUAUAUGAGGCAGCUACAGAGAGAGGUGCGAUUAUCCGGUUUAACUGCCAGGUGGCCGAUGUCGAUGAUGAAGGCCCGUCUGUCACACUACGCGACGGAGAGGAGAUAGAAGCAGACCUUAUUGUGGCAGCGGAUGGUAUCAACUCUGCUAUUAAAAGGGUAUUCUAUCCAGACAAACGCCAACUCUUCAGCGGGAUCGAUGACUACAUGAUAAGUGUUCCGACUACCGAGAUCAGACGAAAUCCAAAACUUGCCCCACUCCUUGAUACUGCAAAUUCCUGGUGGGGGCCAACUGGUUGCGUGAUUGCUGGUGUAGCUGGAAUCGGUGAAGAUGUUGAAUAUUGCAUGGAAUUCUGCAUCCUGAGCGAGGAAGCUGGUAGCGAGGGAAACUUGGUCACAAUUACCAACAUCGACAAGAUCAAGGGGGCCUUUAAGGGAUGGGAUCCUGCGUUAAUUGAGCUGCUCAACUUUGCUGAGCAAGCAAGAACUUGGCGGUUGACGUAUACGACCCCGGACUUGGACUGGGUGAGCAAAAGCGGCCGAACAGUUCUCAUCGGAGAUGCUGCUCAUGCAAUGCUACCACAUGCGAUGGCGGGGGCCACGACAGCUCUAGAAGAUGGUGCUUCCCUGGCAGAAUGUCUCGCCAGAGCAGGUCAUAAAUCUGAAAUCCCGAAAUUUCUUCAAGCUUUCGAAGCAAUCCGCAAGCCUCGCCUCACUUACAUACAGAAUGAAGCACUGGGUAGAGCGAAGAUGUUCCAUCUUCCAGAUGGUCCAGCCCAGAAAGCACGUGAUAAGAUGUUUGCAGCAAACCCCACUAUGGUACCGCCAUCGUGGGAUGGCAAACACAUUGACAACCCACCAGACGAGACUCGGAGAGAUCUGGGAGUUGCCUAUGUGGUGGGGCAUAGGGCAGUAGACUUGACAAACAGGAAACUAGAUGAGAUGUGUGGUAUGGAGUCAAAAGCGUAAUCAAAACGAGCGUGUAGUUCAUAUUAAACAGGGUCAGAAACGAUGGAAGCUAUUGUCCAAAAGCAGUAACUCAAUUACCGAUUACCCAUUACAUGUCGUGAACCAAUGAGACAAGAAUAAU